AUGUUCAGGGCACAGAUCUCGGCUCUGGUGUUUGGUGUUGGAGGGUUUGGAGCUCUCGUUGCUGCCACCGCGUCCAAUGAGUGGAGAGUAACCACCCGAGCAUCAUCGGUGAUAACUGCCACUUGGGUUUACCAGGGUCUGUGGAUGAACUGCGCAGGUAACGCGAUGGGUUCAUUCCAUUGCCGGCCGCACUUUACUAUCUUCCAAGUUCAAGGUUACAUCCAGGCAUGUAGAGGACUUAUGAUUGCCGCUGUCAGCCUCGGGUUUUUUGGUUCCAUAAUUGCCCUGUUUGGAAUGAAGUGUACCAAAGUCGGAGGCUCGGAGAAAGCCAAAGCUAAAACUGCUUGUUUGGCUGGGGUUGUAUUCAUACUGUCAGGGUUAUGCUCAAUGACCGGUUGUUCCCUGUAUGCAAACAAAAUCACAACGGAGUUCUUUGAUCCUCUUUUUAUUGAUCAAAAGUAUGAAUUAGGAGCCGCUCUGUUUAUUGGAUGGUCAGGAGCCACGCUCUGCAUAAUUGGUGGCGUCAUAUUUUGCUUUUCAAUAUCUGACAACAACAAAAAACCCAGGAUGGGAUACGCCUACAAUGGGGCUACGUCUGUCAUGUCUUCUCGGGCAAAGUACCAUGGUGGAGAAGGAGAUAUCAAAACCACAACCCCCUCCAAACAGUUCGAUAAAAAUGCUUAUGUCUAA